UUCAGAUCACAGGCUAACAAAAUGACCAAAAGAUUAAGAGUUUUUUGUCUUCUUAUAUCAACAUUUUGUAUUUGUCAAGGGUUGUCUCCAACAUCCACUGAACCUUCUAAUGAAGUCUUGGACGAUGCAGUCACAUCCACUCCACCCAUGCAGCCUACUGUUACAAAGGCAUAUUCUACCUGGCUUGGCAUUAUGAUGGUGAAACAAAGCAAGGGCAACUCAUCGACUCAAAGAAAAGUUUGCACAAGCUUCUACCCUGAGAUUUCGGACAUGCCUCAUUAUGAGUCAACUGCUGUUUAUCUGCCCGUCAUAGACACGUUUGACUGGUGGCCGUGCUCCACCAGCCCUCCUCCAGGGCCCCUGGCAGGUCACCUGCUGCUGCUUGAUGGUCGUCUCAACGACACCAACUGCUCCUUGUUGCAAGCCGCUGCUGCUGUUCAGGGCUUUGGUGCUGUAGGAAGUAUUUUUGUACGUGACAAGCGAGCUCCGGACCAAACUGCCACUAAUGUAUCGCUGUGGCUGACAUUCAUUAGUAAUGCUACCUAUCAAUCGAUUAUAUCAGAUGACUCGACUCUGGUCGCUGUUUAUUCUCCACCCGAAGACUCUGCGCUGAACUACAGCCUCAUUGUCAUCUGGCUGCUGGCUGUAGGCACUGUCUUUGUUGGAGCCUUCUGGUCUGGACGCAUCAGGCAUUCAUUGUAUUCCGGUGGGAGUCGUGGCAAGAGACGACACAGAAGCAGCGACGCUCAAGAGGAAGAGCACAACUCAGCCGACGCUUCAGCCUCCGCUGACGCUGAAGCCGAAGAAGCGCUCAAGAGUCGCCAGAAAGAUGAAGUUUACGUCAGCGUCAAAGUGAUGCUCUUCCUGGUCCUCAUGAUGUGUGUCAUGUUGCUGGCGCUUUAUUACCUCUACAAUUAUCUUGUGUACGUGAUCAUCGGGCUGUUCUGCAUAGCGUCCGUGACGGCCGUGUACAGCUGCCUCGAGCCUCUGGUGCUUAUGUUGCCGUGUGCUACAUGCAGGACCCCCCACUUCAACAUCUACGUGCUGCGCGGCCAGGUUGAGGUGCGGCAGCUGCUGCUCUUCAGCUUCUCCGUCGCCCUCGCGCUCGCCUGGCUCCUGCUCAGGAAUGAGUCCUACGCCUGGAUCCUGCAGGACAUCCUCGGGGUUGCUUUCUGCAUCAACAUGCUGCGUCUGAUCCGUCUGCCUAACCUGAAGAUCUGCACGGUGCUGCUCGCCUGUCUCUUCUUCUAUGAUAUCUUCUUCGUGUUCAUCACCCCGCUCUUCACCUCCGACGGCAACAGCAUCAUGGUGGAGGUGGCUAAGGGCAGCGGUGAACAAGGGGAACAGCUUCCCAUGGUGUUCAAAGUUCCACACUUCGUGUACUCCGAGGAGGUGCAGGUGUGCGGGCUCUCAGGCAACUAUAACCUGCUGGGGUUCGGUGACGUGCUCGUGCCUGGGCUGCUCAUCGCAUUCCUGUACUACUUCGACCUCAGCACCCGGCCUCACAGAUGGCCGCUCUACUUCACCGUCAACAUUAUAGCGUACAGCGUGGGGCUGUGCCUGACGUUCCUGGCGCUGUACAUGAUGCGCAGUGCACAGCCCGCGCUGCUGUACCUCGUGCCCUGUACGCUGCUCGUCACGGUCGUCAUCGCGGCGCUCAGGGGCGACCUCGCCGCCAUGUGGGCGCCUGCUGCUGCACCGGACGAGGCGCUCGACAAGAUACACGACGAAGGCGACGACGCGGCUGCGGGGGACCACGGGACCAGGGAUGACGUGCCUUAGUGGGGUUACUGGUGACAGGGGUGACGGGUGACAGGUUGACAGGGUAGGUUGAGGGUUGUCAGGGCGAAUAAAUGACAGGUGAAAAGGUGACUGGGGUUACAGGUGGAAGGGUGACAGGCGAAAAGGUGAAGGAGCGACAGGUGAAAGGGUGACAGCUAAGUGAAGGGGUGACAGUUGAAAGGGUGAACUGCUGUUAAGUGAAAGGGUGAAGGGGUGGCAGGUGAAAGUUUUGAGUGGGUGGGGUGAGGGUUGAUAGAUUGAAGGAGGUGACAGGGUGACGGAGUGAAAGGUUGAAGGGUGACAGGUUGACAGGGUGACAGGUAGACAGGUUGGCAGGUGUGAC